AAUCACAAACAAGGGCGUUUCCAGGUUUUGCAACAGGGCAAUAUCAUUUGUUGUAGUCUUUUGUACACGUUACAGCUACAACACGACUCAGUUCGUUUAUACAUUUGUGCGCUGGGUUGACGUGAUACGAACAGUAUGGCGGCAUUCAUAUAACCUACAUCAUAUUCUGACUGGCUAAAGUAACACCAAGGUGACAAAAUGUGGACCUGUCCCGCCUGUUCCUUCAUAAAUGAGGUUGAAGAAACAAGAUGUGAGAUGUGUCGAGCAGAGAACCCAAGUGACCUCCAUCACCACGACAUUGUCAUUCAGUCUCUGAUAGAAUGGGAAUGUACAAAAUGUACAUUCAUCAACGAGGGAGAUAACUGGGAAUGUAUCAUCUGUGGUUCACUCAGGUCAUGGGACAGAACGUUUGAGGAAGAUAUUCUGACUAAGGGGUAAUCCAGUUCAAAGUCUUUUCAAGAAACUCAUUUAGGAGGUGCAAAUGCACUGGCAGAUGGUGAAGUAGCGGAUGAAGCUGUCUACAGUGCCGCCUGUGGAGGAGAAGAGGUUAGAAUGGUUCUUCUGGGACGGACUGGGGCCGGGAAAAGUUCAUCUGGAAACACCAUCCUUGGUAAUCAAGUGUUUCCCAUUUCACUGACCGGUGUUACUAAAGAAUGCAAGCGUGGUACAAGCAUUAGGUUCGGACGCCGUCUUCAGGUUAUAGACACACCUAGGAUGUAUGACACAGAAAUGCCGACUGAAGACAUCGCCCGAGAGGUUGUCAAGUGUGUUGGGAUGACUGCUCCCGGGCCCCAUGCGUUUAUACUCCCUGUCAGUGUUGACAGAUUCACAGAGGAAGAACAGAAUACCAUUGAACAUUUCUUGAAUAUAUUUGGGAGAGGCAUGUUGGAUUACUUGAUCAUUCUUUUUACCAGAAAGGAUGAUCUUAUUUACAAUAAUCAAACAAUUGAAGAUUUUUUGGGAAAAGAAUCCAACAAAUUAAAAUCUAUACUGGAAGAUUGUAACGGCAGGUAUGUCUCGUUUAAUAACAGAGGAUCACACAGUGAGAAGGACCAAGAUGUUCAAACCUUACUGGAGGUCAUUGAUAAGAUGGUCCAUGACAACGGAGGGAAGGUUUAUACCAAUGAGAUGUACCAAGAGGCAGAAAAGGUUAUGCAGGAGAAGGAUGAUCAACUGAAGCGGGAAUACGAAGAAACCAUGCAAUCCCAACUUGAUGAGGUCAGAAGACAGACGAAACUCCAGGUGAAGCAGCUCGAACAGGACCAUGAAGAAGUCAUCAAGCAGUUUUCGACGAGACUUGAACAGCUGGAUACUGAACGUGCAUCUCAGUCGUCCACCAGCGAUUGGGAGAACAUUAGAAGACAAUUACAAGAACUGAAACUGCAACAUAAAAAUGAAAUCCAAGCAAUACGAGAUCUUGGAGCCAAGAAAGUUCAGGUGGAUUUUAGAGAACAAGCGCGUUGUGAAGCUGUAAAGGGUGGUAGUUUUCUUAAAGACAAAAUGCUACCUGCACUCAUGUCUUUAGGGAAGGAAUUCCUGCCACACCUUCUAGCUUUUGGCCUUGCUGUGAUAGCAUCACGUUUGAAAUUAAAGUCAACAUAGGACAUGGUGGAAGAUGUUCAAGAACUGAGACAUUGUCAACACCAGUGGCAUAAUUAUUCACACGAUGCAAGUGCUAGAUAAUUCUUCGUCCUUAUUAUGAAGAUUUGUAAUGUCCUUUAUCAACAGGGCAAUGGUGAAAACCUUUGAUUUUCUUAUCUUUAAUACAGAACACACUUACGUAAGAAUAUAUUUGUGUUUUAAAGUUCAAAUGUGGAAUAAAUAAAUAAGGAACUCUCUGCAGUUGUUUUAGAACAUCAUUUCUUCUGACUUUCCUUUAUAUUUAUGCAUAUUCAAUUAAACAGUAUUUCAGUUAUAUCAUCACCUGUCAGCUUGAUGUGGGAGGAAAGUCAAAUGUCAGAUUUAAGAUAUUUACUACUUUGAUAAAAGCCCUGGUGUAUAAGUAGGUGCCUGAUCAAACAAACAAAAACGUAACAAUCAUUCAGCAAACAUACUUGAUUUAUUAAGAAAAUGUACAUAUUUCUGAACAAUGAGCAGACUACGAAAUUAGUCAUCAUAUAAUUUCAAUAAAAUAUGAAUAAUUACAGAUGAAUAUAUGAUUUAUCAAGAAUAUAAGUCAGAUAAAGAUAAAGUUCAGCACCUUAUGAUAAGUAAAUAAUGACAACAGUGGUGAGUCAACAGGCAUAGAACACCGUCAGAUUGUAACAAAUUAACAAUGGAUCACUAUUCUAAUAUAGUUUACUAAACAUCAACUACAAUAGGAGCAUUCCUGCUGUACAUGCAUUCAUGCUUAUUGAUAUACAGUGUUUUGUGGAUGCUGCAGUAGCACAUUGAAUCUGUGCUAACCACUGUUAACAUACCCUGUAUCAGGCAUGUAUGCUUCAUCAUUUGUGGUGUAGUGUUAAUAAUCACUGUUUUCAUACACCUAUCAAUGAUAUGAGGCAUUGUGCAUGUGCAAUAAAGUCAAAAUGGAGACGGUCAUAUCAAAGGGGUUUUGAAUGAGCAAUCGAUAUCAGCCCUGGUGGUAAGAAAUUAGAGUUAUGUCCCUUAGGAAGUGUUGCCUUCUCAUCUGCUCAAAUAGCUUUCCCAUGACAAUAACUUCCAAUCUAGGUGAAAAUGUUUUGCAUUCACCUGCAAAUAGAUAAAUUUUACAAUUUUAUGUAGUGGUAUGUGAUAAAAAGAUUAUCAUAUGUCAGUUUCAUAUCAUACCCCAUAUCAUCUCUCUGGCCUUCAGCCCUCAGGUUGAUAUGGGGGUCAAGGGUUGAUAUGGAAUAUAUACUGCUGUAUAAUAACCAAUAAAUAUCAUAAACUGUGUCGUGUAUGCUUUAUUUCAUCUUUACUGUUGGUGUAUGUAUGCGUUGAUAAUUGUUAUGUGUAUGUAUAGAUAAUCACUGAUCUCACACUGCGUCAUACAUUAUUACUGUUAUGUGUAUGUGUGGAUAAUCACUCAUGUAACACACUGCAUCAUGCAUUAUUACUGUUAUAUGUAUGUGUAGAUAAUCACUGAUAUCACACACUGCAUCAUGCAUUAUACUGUUAUGUGUAUGUGUAGAUAAUCACUGAUAUCAAACACUGCAUCGUGCAUUUUUGAAUCUACUGAUAAAGUAUGUGUUGAUAAAAUAAUGGGAGGAGCCUGUUGGAUGCAAUUCAGACAGUAAUAAAAUGCUGACAAGGGAAUUAUUACUAAUUAAUGUUUCAUUUUGGCCUCGUUCAUUAUCACGGCAUCCAAAAGAUAUAAUAUAUAUGAUAUAUAUCUGAAGUAGAUCAAUAAUUGAAUAUAAAAAUUAACUAGUACAUUCAAAAUCUAUCAAACAGAAUUCAGCCUAUGUUAUCUAGAUACACUUUUACAUGAAAAUAUAUUAGAAAAAAUAUAAUAGAAAAAGUGUCACAAUUAUUUUACUUUAAAAAAAUUAAAAACACAUCAAAAUUAUUCUACAUAAACAUACGGUCUGUGAAGCAUCAUUUAUAAAAUGACAACAUUCUCUGUAAUUCAUUCCAUUUUGUGACCUCAGCUAAAAUACAUGUUCAUUAUUCUAUUAAUUGAUUUCAGGGCUAUAAAUGUGGUGAAUUAUAUAAACAUAUCGAUUGCUUUCACCCUAUCACCAAACCUUUCCAAAUAUGAAACAUAGGCAAAAAGAUAUGUGGCAUGAAAAACAUAAAUAUUAUCUAAAUAUCUACACCACUUAUCCUAACCCAAGAAUGUAGAGUAUACUCAAUAACUGCUCCACAUUAUUGGUUUGUUUUUCAUCCAUAUAGUCAGGAAAUAUGUUUAUGAGCUGAGACCAUCAUCAAUUCAUUAUUAGUAUUAUGUACCUGUCUAGCUACCAAACACCUAGCUCAUAUUAUUUCAUUGGAAGCACCUACCAUACACCACAUAUGUAGUAUUACCAAACAUUCUCACUUGCUGUGAAUUGCAUCCUUUAGCAGAUACGUUUCACAGAUGUUUGGCAAAAUUUGUUUAAAAUGAAAAAAGUGAUACCAGUCUAACGGUUCUUGAAUGAGUUUAA